AUUACCGAUCAAGUGGCUCUGCAUCUCGCAACGAAUCGUUCCGAAUAAAAAAUUAAAUAAAUAAACACAAAAAAUUGUGAUAUAAGCGAUAAAUAUUGUGAUAAUUCGGACAAACGUGUCAAUUGCAUUGCAUCAGCAAGAAUCUAGGUAGUAGAAAGGGAGGCGCAGCGUCGCCAUCCAGUCGCGUAAUUCAGAAUGAUUCCCACUAAUCUGGGCAGACAGAAUGGGGCUCUGGUGUUGGAAGUGUUGAAGGUGCUGGGUCGCCCGGCGACCAGUUACGAGGUGGCGGAAAGAGUGGCCGACGUCUACAGGCUGCCGCUGCACCGCAUCCGUCCCGUGGUCACCGACGUCCUGGAGGCAGGAUCACGACAUGGAUUCUUUAGCAGCCUCAAUGGCCAUUAUUCGGUGGUGCAGCCGGUUGUGGAGCAACUGGGACGGGAUAUAGACCAGUAUGCAGCCGAUAUACUGGCGGGAUAUAGUUGCGAGGGUUCUCUGCCCAAGAUGUCGACCCUGAUGCUCAAGCUACAGCAACUGGACGGGUCUCCGCCCAUGAUGACGGGGAUCAGGUAUCCCCGAGUGAGCUCGGGGGAGCAACGCGAACACAUGCCCUCCGGCGAUGUGUCCUUGGACGCCCGUCUCAUGCUGCCCUUUCCUCGAGUACUAUGAAAAUUCUCCAUCUCUCAAAUUGUAUCAGACAGUGAACUGUUUUGUGGUUUGUGCAACAGAAAAAAUCUCGGGUUCAAUAAAGUCGAGGCAACGGCUUCGAAUUUGGAUCAAG